AUGGUGUGGAGGAACCUGAGGAAGAUCUCGCUGACGGCACGGUUAUUGGCUCCCGGACAAGACGACCUGAUACUUCUCAUGGCGGCGGAGGCUGCGAUGGCAAUGCCGAAGCUGCAGAUCAUGGAGCUUUGGAACUCUUGGACCAGCAAGGGUAUCGCAGCCAUCUUCCGCUUCCGGAGGGAGGAGACUGAAGCUACUAUCGAGUUAUUCAGCACUUGGCCUGGAGGUCUGAGGGUCUCUACGGCAGCCAGAGAGGCUUGGGGUCGUGUUGCGACAGCGCAUAGGCCACUGCCUCUUCAUUGGAAGCACCGUACUUGGGCUGCGGGGGAGAUUGAUGGAGAGCAUUCCGUGCUGACGAAAUUGGAGUUGGUGCAGGAUAUGCUGAAUCCUGUGUCACUGCGGCAGAUCGCGCGGGAGGAAAGGGAUGCAUAG